GAAGUGUAGUGAGAGUGAAACUUCUCGCCAUAUUAGCCAUUCUCUGGCACCGUGCAGGAAGUAUGGCAGAGGCGUAACUUCACCGAGGUCUCUUCGAGUACAGUAUGUCGAGACGAGCAUUACUAACACAACAGCACGCUGUACUGUGUUUGGGAGCGGCGCUCGGUUUUGUACCGUCGAGAUCUCUCGCCACUAAUCAUAGACUUCCUCCUCAAGCAGAUGAAGCGUCGCUUUAUGUCCACUGGCCCUAUUGCCUAAAAAGAUGCUCCUACUGCAACUUCAACAAGUAUAUUCCUCGAAAUCAAAACCACGCGGUGAUGACAGCAUGUCUGCAGAAAGAGACACAGACCUUACUGCAGCUCAGUCAGGUCUCCAGGAUCAGCUCAGUGUUUUUCGGAGGAGGAACACCCAGCUUGGCUCAGCCCUCCACAAUCGCUGCGGUCUUGGAGACCGUCUCCGAACACGCUCGUCUCUCAGAUGAAGCAGAGGUCACUCUGGAGGUGAACCCUACACCUGCUGGAAGAGCUUGUCUGAAAGACUUCACGUUAGCAGGAGUUAACCGCUUUUCUGUUGGAAUUCAGUCGUUGAAUGAUGAUCACCUGAGGACACUAGGCAGGGAUCACGAUUCCCAGCAUGCUCUCUGGACCGUGUCAGAGGCCAGGACGCUCUGCCCGGGACGCGUGUCAGUGGAUGUCAUGUUUGCUCUUCCAGGACAAAGUGUAACGUCGUGGGAGAGUGAGCUGGAGAAAUUGCUGCCGGUGUGUGAUGAUCAUGUCUCACUGUAUCAGCUGACUGUGGAAAGGGGUACGCAGCUUUUUAAACAGGUUGAGAGCGGGGAACUAAGCGUGCCUGGUGACGAUGUCACAGCUGUUAUGUACAAUACAGCACGGGGAGUCCUGGAGAAAGCUGGGUUUCGUCAAUACGAAGUGUCCAACUUCGCCAAAAAUAGCGCUGUCAGUGAACACAAUAUUGGGUACUGGAAGGGACGUCAGUACAUCGGUGUAGGACCAGGGGCACAUGGCCGGUUUGUGCCGCGUGCGGUGGGAGGAGUUCAGAGGGAAGCACGAACCCAGACCUUAGAACCAGAUGUUUGGAUACGAGAGGUUCAGCGUCACGGUCACGGGACACGCCGCCGAAUACAGCUCGACCACCGUGGCCUGCUGGAGGAGGUUUUGGUCAUGGGUCUGCGUAUGAAUGAAGGAAUCACCCAGCAGCAUUGGGAGUUAUUCAGCCCAGAAGAUGACCUCCAACAAAUUUUUGGGAUGUCAGAAAAAGUUCAAGAAUUUCAGGCAGAGGGACUUUUAAUACUUCAUGACAGAGGUUUGCGGUGUUCCUGGGAAGGGUUAGCAGUGCUGGACAGCAUCUUACCCACAAUGCUGCUGGAAUUAGAGAUGUUUUUCAAAAAGCAGUACACCGGCAGAAAGACAGAAAUUCAGAGAGACAGAUGACGGUUAUGAGACAAGAGACGAGGUAAUGCAUGAGGUAAAAAUAUAACCACCUCUCCCAUGUGGAGAAAAGUUUAGUUUUCGAGAAGGAACAUUAGUCAGUCAUGUAACUUAUUAAUUUAUUCACAAAUUUUGUGUGUUUGUUGGGGGAUGCAUAAGGUAAAUAUAUGAGAAUAUGAUCUUCAUAUAAUUUUGAAGAAAAAGUAUUUCUUGAAUGAAAAAAAAAUGUUCACUAUUGCCAUGAAAUAGAAAUUUACCCUGUUAUGAAUACAUUUGUUUAAUUUCUUUUAAAGCCUAUUGAUCUUAAUCAAUUUCAUAACGUCCAUAGAAACUGGCAAAUUUAAGUCUCUUAAACAACACCCACAAUUAAAAAUCCAUUCAACAGCUAUACUUCUUUUUUCAUUGGUGUUAGAGUAUACCAGACCUUCAUUUCACUGCUUGUUGUAUGUCAUGUAACUUGUACGUGACAAAUAAAAUAUUGAUUCUUGAAUC